CUAAAUGUUUUGCUGUGGAAUGGCCCCAUGUAAGACGCUGCUGAUGGAUGUGUGUGUGUGUGUGUGUGUGUGUGAGUGAGAAAGAGAUAAUCGCGUCUACUCCAGAGCAGUGAUCAGAAGACAACAGACCCCGAGUUACAUGCCUUGAUGAACUUUCUAAAUACGCGUCUCCGUCCUGGCCACACGACAGCACACAUCAUCCGCUGCUUCCAAACAGGGGCUGCGCGGUCCACGUCUGCAUGCACUUCGGUUGCGUCUUUUACGCAGCGCGCUUUGUUGAAUAUAAAAACGCCCGCAGUUGCAGAUGUGCUGCCUUUUUGGAGUUUGCAGUCCGUUACGUGGCCGGCCGCAUGCCUUUUAAAGCAGCACUGCGCGCUCAAGCAACACAGCCGAACAAAAGCUUUUGAAUGAAUUCAAUGAUCUGAGAAGUGCAUUGGGGAUUCUCAUGGAAAUCAGCGCCGCCAGAGCUGGAGGGGACCGCGAGGAGGGCACAGCGACGGACACUGACAACGGGCGCGCGGACUGGAGAAGAGGACGAAACAGAAGAGCGCAGGAGCCCAAAACUCGGUUGGCGAUGGAGGGGCGGCUCGGCUCCUUCCUCUUCUCAGUGGGAGCUGUUCUUGUGGUCCUUGCAGGAGUCUGUGAAGGCAGUAAAGUGAACCACUGCCUCGCUGCACGUGCCACUGAUUGCACCUCAUGUGUCCAGGCUGGAAAAGACUGCGCUUACUGCAUCGAUGAGGAUUUUGAAUAUCCCCGUUGUGACCUGCAAAGUAACCUGAAGUCCUACCAGUGCCUGAAUUUGGUACAAAUAAGCAGUGAAUAUUCGAUAAUAAAGGAAGAGUCCAUCAAUACACAGCUGGUCAAGACGCAGGUGUCGCCCCAGCAGAUGAAGAUGCGCAUGCGUGUGGGUGAGGAGAGGAUAUUCCAGAUGAAGGUUUUCGAACCCCUGGAGACACCUGUGGACCUCUACAUCCUCAUGGACUUCUCCAACUCCAUGUCCGACGAUCUGGAAAAUCUCAAAAAGAUGGGGGACAGAUUGGGUGAAUUGGUGGGAACACUGUCCCGGGACUACACUAUUGGAUUCGGAAAAUUUGUCGACAAAGUGACGGUUCCGCAGACGGACAUGAGGCCUUCCAAGUUGAAGCAGCCCUGGCCGGACAGCGACCCUCCAUUUUCCUUCAAGAAUGUAAUCCGCCUGACCAGCGACAGCAACACAUUUCGUCGGAAGCUGGACAAGGAACGCAUCUCUGGGAAUCUCGAUGCCCCCGAAGGAGGGUUUGAUGCUAUCCUGCAAACGGCCGUUUGUAAGGACCAAAUUGGCUGGCGCGACCAGAGCACUCACCUGCUGGUGUUCUCUACCGAGUCGGCAUUCCACUACGAGGGAGAUGGGGUUAACGUCCUGGCCGGGAUCCUAAAGCGGAAUGAUGAAGCCUGCCACCUGAAUGACAAAGGGUCCUACACUCACGACACACUGCAGGACUACCCUUCUGUCCCCACGUUGGUGCGGCUGUUGCAGGAGAACAAUAUUAUCCCAAUAUUUGCGGUGACCAACCACUCGUAUUCCUAUUAUGAGAAGCUGAGCCAUUACUUUCCAGUGUCAGACAUCGGUGAACUUCAAGAAGAUUCAUCCAAUAUCCUGGACCUCCUGAAAAAAGCCUUCACGAACAUCCGCUCCAAGAUCAGCAUGCGUGCAGAAAACAUCCCCAAAGCAUUCAAAGCAGAGGUGCUGUCUCAGUCCGGACAGAAGACAGAAGCUGGAACUUUCAAGCUGACCCCGGGAGUGGUGGAAUCUUUCACAGUGAAACUGCAGGCCCAGGAGAAGGUGGGCGAUAAGCAUGUCUGCAGUCUCCCCGCCGAAGACCAGUCAGGGAACGUCCGCAUCAAGCCCACCACCUUCACGGACGCCUUAAACGUCGACAUCGGGGUUCUGUGCACCCGGUGCUCCUGUGAGAAGAAUAGGCUUGUCAAUGCCAAGAAGUGCCAUGGCCAUGGUGACCUGGUGUGCGGCCAGUGCCAGUGCUCCGAAGGCUGGAUAGGCCCCUUCUGCAACUGUUCUACCCUGACUGUAGAAGACGAUGCAGCCUGCAGAAUGCCCAACACAACGUCCGUGUGCUCCAGUCGUGGGGAAUGCAUAUGUGGUAUUUGCCAGUGCCACCCUUCUGGAAAUCCGCUAGAGCGUUACGAGGGCAAAUACUGUGAAUUCAACAGCCUCCAGUGCCAACGCUUCGCGGGCUUCCUCUGCAAUGCUCGUGGCCGGUGUUACAUGGGCCAGUGUGCCUGUGAAGAUGGCUGGGCCGGCGAUGCCUGCGAGUGUCCAACGAGUAACGCCACCUGCAUCGACAGCAAAGGGGGCAUCUGUAACGGCCGCGGCAUCUGCGAGUGCGGGCGCUGCAAGUGCGAUGACAGCAAGGGGCAGUACAAUGGUGCAACCUGUGAGCCCACCUUCAUGGGCCUGCUGGGAGUCUGCGAGGACACGAGGGCCUGCGUCCAGUGCCAGGCCUGGCAGACGGGAGAGAAGAGCGGCGAGGCCUGCAAGGAGUGCGGCUUCCAAAUCCAGAUGGUGGAUGAGCUGAAGAAAGCGGAGGAAGUGAAUGAGCACUGUAGUUUCCGAGAUGAACACGAUGACUGCACCUACCACUACACCGUAGACGGCACCUCCGAGAACAAGGACAUCAUGGUGCGCAAAAAGAAAGAUUGCCCCCCAGCUGGAUUUCUCUGGCUCAUUCCCCUCAUCAUGUUUUUGAUGUUGCUCUUGGGACUCCUGCUGUUGUGCUGCUGGAAGUAUUGUGCCUGCUGCAAGGCUUGCCUGGCUAUGCUUCCAUGUUGUGCACGAGGUCGCAUGGUGGGCUUCAAAGAAGACCAGUAUAUGCUGAGACAGAGCCACCUCACCUCGGAUUAUCUGGACACACCUAUGGUGCGCACCGGACCCCUCAAGGGGGCAGAUAUUGUGAAAUGGAAAAUCAACGACAACGUUCACCGCCAGGGUGCUGUCUACAACCAGGCGACAACCACCAACCCCAAGGACAUAAUUCCCUACGGUGUGUCACUGCGUUUGGCCCGUCUCUUCACGGAAAACCUCUCCCGUCUGGAUAGUCGUGAAACUGACCAACUGCGACAUGAAGUUGAGGAAAAUCUGAAUGAAGUGUACAAACAGAUCCCGGGAGCACAGAGGGUCCAGAGGACCAAAUUCAGGUUGCAGUCAAAUGCAGGAAAAAGGCAGGACCACGCCAUCAUGGACACAGUCCUUUCUGCCCCUCGCUCGGCUCAACCAGACAUUGUCAAGCUGACUGAGAAGCAGGUCCAGCUGGGCAGGUUCAAUGACCUGAAGGUUGUCCCGGGGUACUACACCGUGGCGUCUGACAAAGAUGCUCAGGGCCUGGUCGAGUUCCAGGAGGGCGUGGAGAACGUGGACGUGCGGGUGCCCCUCUUCAUCAAGGAUGAAGACGAUGAUAAGAAGCAGCUGCGAGUCGAGGCCCUGGAGGUGCCCCAAGGCAUCGCUGAGAUCGGACGGCGAUUUGUCAACAUCACUGUCAUCAAGGAACACGCCAAGAGCAUCCUGUCGUUUUUGCAACCGUCCUACACGUACAGCCGGCAAGAGAAGGUGGCGACAAUUCCGGUGGUGAGGGAGAUCAUUGAGGAUGGCCGCACGAUGGUCACAUACCGCACGCGGGAUCUCACGGCCAAAGACAAGAAGGACUACAUAUCUACUGAGGGAGAGCUGACCUUUCUGCCAGGAGAAAAUCAGAAGAACGUCAAAGUGGACCUGCUGGAGCUUUCGGAAAGUGACGCUCUGCUAACGGACAAGCAGAUAAAGCAGUUUGUCAUGGACCUGACGAACCCGCGAUAUGCGGCCAAGCUGGGAAAAUAUCCACGGACCACCGUCACCAUCACGGACACACCAGAGCCUGCAGUGGCCAUGUUUAAGAAAGGCUCUCAGACUUUCUCCACGCGGGAUCAGCUUUACACCAUCCCGGUGGUGCGAACCCGAAACCCAGAGGGACCCGCAACCUUACACUGGCGAACCCGCAACGCCUCCCGCUUUGAGCUGUCCAGUCCACUCAAGUUUGGCCCUGGGGAGACGGAGAAGAAUAUCGUCAUCGACCCGAACGUUCAUCCUGGCCCCAUUAAACCUGAGACCUUUCAGGUGGAGCUGUUUGACCCCAGUCCUAACUUGGUCAUCGGGGAAAGGAAAAACACUGUGGUUUCCAUCAUGCCGCCAGAUAUGCUGGAAUCCCAGACAAUGUUACAGAACCAAAGCAUCAGCCCGCGUUCCCCCGGUGGACGUCUGUCCGCGCCCCUGAACGUCAAUGCACAGGCCACAAGCGCCAAGAACAUUCGCAUGACUUGGGCCCCUCCACCUGGAAAGCCCACUGGAUACAAGGUCAGGUACUGGAUUCAGGGUGAUCCGGAUUCAGAGCAGCAGGUUGAAUGUAAAAGCCCCGCGGUGGACCUCAACAAUCUCUACCCCUACUGCGACUACGAGAUGCGCGUCUGCGGUUACAAUUCAAUGGGUGAAGGCCACUACUCGGACGUCGUGCACUGCCGCACAUUAGAGGACGUUCCAAGUGAGCCCGGACGCUUGGCCUUCAACGUAAUGAGCUCCACCGUGACUCAGCUGAGCUGGGCAGAACCUGCCGAGACCAACGGGGACAUCACGGCUUAUGAAGUGACCUACACACCCAUCAACGAGGACAACAAGCCAAAUGGACCCACGAAGACGGUCCGAAUUGAUAAUCCCAAGAAGAGGAUGAUCCUGAUUGAAAACCUUGUGGAGUCGCAGCCUUACCGCUACACCGUGAGAGCACGCAAUGGGGCAGGGUGGGGCCCUGAGAGAGAAGCCACCAUUAAUCUGGCCACACAGCCCAAACGGCCAUUGUCCAUCCCCAUCAUUCCCGACAUCCCCAUCGUGGAUGCUGAAGGCGGCGAAGGCUACGACAGUUUCCUCAUGUACAGUAACGAUGUCCUGCGGUCACCAACGGGCAGCCAGAGGCCCAGCGUUUCAGACGAAGGCACCAGAUUCAAGUAUGUCCAGCUGGUGGGUGAGGACCUGGACCUGCGCAAGGUGUCCUGGAAGUUGCCGGCAGAUGUGAUUCCCCGGUGGUCCAGCUCGGAUGCUGAGAGCAGUACCAAUGGGGACCUGGAACCUGGCCGUCUGAUCAGCAGCAGCACCCCUAGGCCAGGCUGGACUGGUAGGACCACUACCACAGGCCCUCAGCAAGACCAACUGAUGAAUGGCAAGUGGGACCAAAGCUUCCUCUACUCCGGAGGAGGCUCCCUGACGCGGACAACGCACACCAAACACAUUCAGCAGCUCAGCCCGAGUGUGCACACCGAGACCCACAUGAUUGGAGGAAGAGGCGGGACCACCGUGACCAAGGAGUAUGCUGGCAUGUUCCAGCCUGGCCAAGACAUCUCGGGCAGGAGCCUUCAAAGGAUGGAAGACGUGAUUCUCAGGAAGCGCACUGAGCUGAAAGGGUACUAUGGAAAUGAUGGCAUGAGGGACUCUAUCGUCAUGGCUGAUGAACCUUUGGGGUUCUCGGACAACCUAGGGUACAGCAAGAAGGUGGUGAACUACAACAUCUCCCAAAGCAUGAUGGGCCGGAGCCAGUCCGAGGACGUCCGCGACGCUCUGCACAACUUGGACAUGGUGCUGCAAGCAGAGCCCAGAUUACAACCUGGGGUCCCAGACACCCCCACGAGAUUGGUCUUCUCUGCUCUGGGUCCCACCUCGCUGAAGGUCAGCUGGCAGGAGCCCCACUGUGAGAAGGAAGUGCUGGGUUACUGCGUCCUCUACCAGCUGCUUAACGGAGGUGACCUGAAGAAGAUUGACAUUCGUAACCCAGAUGAGAAUUCAGUGAUAGUGAAGGACCUCCUGCCGAACCAGUCAUACAUCUUCAAGGUGAAGGCUCAAAGUGAAGAGGGCUGGGGUCCUGAGCGCGAAGGAGUUAUCACCAUCGAAUCACAGGUGGACCCCAAGAGUCCUCUUAGCCCCGUGCCAGGGUCUCCAUUCACCCUGAGCACACCCAGUGCCCCCGGCCCCCUGGUCUUCACAGCUCUGAGCCCUGAAGCGUUGCAGCUGAGCUGGGAGAAACCACGGAAACCCAAUGGGAGCAUCUUGGGCUACCUGGUGACAUGUGAGCAGCUCCAUGGAGGAGGAGAGGUCAGAACUUUCCAGGUGAACGGUGACAGCGCGGAGACCACCCUGACUGUCCCUAACCUAUCCGAAAAUGUUCCUUACAAGUUCAAAGUUCAAGCCCGGACCACCCAGGGCUUUGGGCCAGAGCGGGAAGGCAUCAUCACCAUUGAGUCACAAGAUGGAGGAAACUUCUCCCAGUUUGGUAACCAGCAGGUAAUGAGGAGGGAAGUCUACAACCUCCCGGAAGAAAUGACCACAAAGACCAGCGUGACCCACACGACGCUGAACGACCCCUUCUUUUCAGAUGGGAUGAUGAUCACAACACAACGGAUGGAGUCCGGAGGAACGGUCACAAGGCAAGUCACCAAGGAAGUGGUGAGCAGGACCAUGAUGUCUGGAGGGGUGGUCACCAAAAAGAUCGAGAAGUUCUACGAGGCCUGAGGACUUGCAUUGCAGGGCCAUUUGUUCCAUGGCCAUUUAUCAAAGAGACAUUCAGGUAGUGAGCUGUUACAACAUUGCAGUGUGUGUCGAGAAGCGCCUCAUUCUGCAUUCCAGCAAAAAGAAAAUCAAGUUUUCCUCCCUUAAUUGCAAGUAUUUCUGAUCGGUCUUGGUGCUCCCCUUAUUUAAACCAAAUAUGAAAAGAAUGUGGUGGUUGUCCCAAGACAUUGAAUUCAGAAAAGUAAAGAUGAAAAGUCAUUCAUAAAACCUGCAGGGUUAACUACAAUGGGGGCACAAACAAAAAAGAGAAAUGUAGAGUUCUAUAUAGCGCCCUUCCAUAACCCCAGCAUCAUCCCCAGGCUCUUUACUGGUCUGGGCGUCCCCAAAGCACGGAAAGUUCCAAAAGCACUUCCAAAAAUGCCCACUAGAGGGGGAAAUCACCUUCAAACCCUGGCUAGUAAUAAAGGCGUGCACUGAAACUUUAUAAAAGUCUAAAGUUUAUUCUUCACAGUAAGGAUUCCAGUUCCAUGGAGCACAAAGGCAAAAUGGAAUGGCUCGAAACACGCAGACAAUUCCAAAUCGGACAAAGUCCCAAAACAGACCCCAACUAGUGAGGUCGGAAGAGUCCACGGAGCUCAAGGCGAAGCUAAUUCAAUGAGAUUCACUCGUCACGAGUCUCUACAGACAGUACGGCACAGAAGCUAAGAAACCCCAAGGCUGCUGGUUCAGUCGCAGCUCAUUUCUUCCAAUCUUGUGAUGUCCCUCCAAGACCAGACAUAAAAUGUAUUACUGCAGAUGUCUGUGAUCUGCUGGAAUGACAAAUGUAAAGCAUGUGAUUACUACAAAUGUUUGUGAUGCACCAUCUGUUGGAAUGACAGAGACAUACCAACCAGAUGGACACGCAGAUUCACAGACACUUGUCCUUUUACUAGCUGUGCUAUCCAUCUUGGAUGAUUCAAAAUCUAAGUAAUCAACAUUGACCUC